AUGAGUGCAAAUCUCUUAAAAUUUCCACUUCUUUUUCCCUUCCUCGUACCUCCUAUGAUAAUGUACACUGGUGCUUAUUAUUCUGGACUUGGUUUGAUGUUUGGAGUUCCCAAUGGACGCACAUACUUUAAUCAGCCAUCAGGUCGAUUAUGCGAUGGACGAUUGAUCAUUGAUUUCCCAUGCGAAAGUUUGAAUACAAGUUACUUGACCCCUUAUCUGGAACCAAUGGGGCCAAAUUUCAGAAAUGGAGUCAAUUUUGCUUUUAGUGGUGCGGCCACUCAACCUAGAUAUAAGCCUUUUAGUUUAGACGUUCAAAUUCUUCAGUUCCUUCGAUUCCGAGCUCGUUCCCCAGAGCUAGUUUCAAAAGGCUAUAAAGACUUUGUUGAUGAUGAUGCCUUCAAGGAUGCACUUCAUAUAAUUGACAUUGGACAGAACGAUCUUGCUGGUUCGUUUGAAUACCUUCCUUAUGAACAAGUUAUAAAAAACGUAACAUCUUUCAUCAUAGAAAUCAACCAUGCUAUGCAGAAUAUAUAUCAACAUGGUGGGAGGAACUUCUGGGUACACAAUACGGGGCCUCUGGGUUGCCUGCCACAAAAACUUGCUACCUUCGACAAAAAAGCUAGUGGAUUUGAUCAGUAUGGAUGCCUUAAGGCUCUUAACGAUGCAGCAAAGCAAUUUAAUGACCAGUUGCGCAUUCUAUGUGAAGAACUUAGAUCUGAACUGAAAAAUAGCACCAUUGUGUACGUGGACAUGUAUUCCAUCAAGUAUGACCUCAUUGCGAAUGCUACUACAUAUGGUUUUGAGAAUCCAUUGAUGGCAUGUUGCGGCUAUGGUGGUCCGCCAUACAACUACAAUCCGAAAAUUACCUGCAGCCGAGCUGGUUACAAUGUGUGCGAGAAAGGAUCAAAAUACAUAAGUUGGGAUGGAGUUCACUACACAGAAGCUGCCACUGCUUUCAUUGCCUCCAAAAUACUAUCUACUGAUUACUCUACGCCUCAGAUUAAGUUUAAUUAUUUCUGUAAUGACUAG